AUGUGGAGGAGAAAGUUUAACAAGGAACUGAUUGAAGAAACAGGAAUGACUUCAAUUAAGUAUUACAUAAGAGGCCAGAGAAUCCAGUGGUUUGGGCACAUUAUGCGUGGAAGUGAUGAUAAGAUAAUAAAAACAGUAAUGUCUUGGAAACCAACGGGUAAGAGACCACGAGGACGCCCGAGGAAAAGAUGGAUAGAUGUAGUCGAGGAAGAUCUAAAAAGGAUAGGAAUAGAUGAUUGGAGAAACAUAAUCCAUGAUCGAGAAAAGUGGCAUGGAGUUGUGAUGGCGGCAAAAACUCUUGUAGAGUAG